AUGCCGACCAUUUCCUUUCUCCCCUUUCUCCAGACAGUCCCAUGGGGCACACGGACGCUAGCUUCGCUCCUCAUCUUCUUCUCAAUAUCCCACUAUGUCUUGUCGGCCGUCGUUCGCUCCCGAUCAGACGUUCUCCCCACAUAUGGCCACGAGCUUCCAUGGCUAGUGUUUCUCCCAGAGACGAGCUGGAAGUAUCCGUGGACUCUGUUAACCGCGGGUUUUGUGGAACUGAACCCCAUCGAGCUCCUCGUGGCACUCGUCACCAUUCCCUUUGCUUGCCGAUACCUUGAGCGACUGUGGGGCAUGCGAGAGCUCCUGAGGUUCUCCUUUCUGGUCAUCAUCAUUUCAAACAUCAUUGCGUUCGGCUUCACCUGGAUCAUGUACUUCGUUCUGGGAGCGGAUGCCGCAUUUGCAGGACUUCCAUACCAUGGUCUAUCCGGCCUGCAAGCAGGCUUACUAGUCGCUUUCACCCAGAUUAUCCCAGAACAUCAAAUCCAGCUGUUUGGUGUACUCAAGGCUCGGGUGAAGACCAUUCCUGGGUUGUACCUUCUCCUCUCUAACGUUCUGGUCAUCGUCCUUGGUCCCUCGCCUUACAUCCUGAUCCAAUUCGGCUUCUUUGUUGCGUGGAUCUAUCUUCGUUUCUUCAAGCUCUCAGAGAAUGGCGAGUACCGCGGCGAUCGCAGUGAAACGUUUGCUUUCCAGUACUGGUUCCCGCCACCUGUCCGGCCGUACGUCGCGAUCCUUUGCGGCCAUGUUUUCCGACUCGCAGUGCGCUUGCAUGUCAUCCAGUCAUGGGAUGAUACCCACACGGGCGGCUACAGCGUCCUCCCUGGUCCUGGCGGCGCUAGAGCCGAGGCAGAGCGCCGAAGAGCGGUGGCUCUUCGGGCGCUCGACGCUCGGCUGGCCUCGUCGUCGCCUGUACCAACGGCAGCACCAUCAAGCGAUGCCGCCAAGACGGCAGGACCAGUUCCAGUGGCUGAACCUUCAGUCCAAACUCAACAGGCUUGA